UCUGCUGAGGUUAAAAGAUAGGCAGGGUCAGUGGCACUCACAGAAACAGGAAGGACAGGAUGUGAGAGGAGCUGUGUGGCAGGCUGCCUGCUCCAACUGUGGCAAACACAAGUCGAUGACUGAGAACUCUGUCUCCCAUGAUGGACAAGAAAAGUGCCAACGGCUUUCAGACCAAGGCCAGUGAGGGUGGUGUUCAGAGGAAGCAGUUGCCCUACUCUGUAGAGACUCCCUAUGGCUUCCACCUGGAUUUGGACUUCCUCAAGUAUGUUGAUGAUAUUGAAAAGGGCAACACCAUCAAAAGGGUCCACAUUCAGCGGAGGGUCAAGAACCCACCCAAAUUUAGCACACUACCUAGGAAUUUCAGUCUCCCUGGUCAUGGAGCCAGGCCUGUGUCCAAGGAAAAGGACAGCACAUGGUCUGGGACUUCCACCUUGGGGCCCAAGCCUAAAUCACGGGUGACAGAGGUGCAGCAAAUCUUUGACUUCAGGGCAAAUGAAGGGGGGGCCUCCAGCCAGAGCGGCAAAGGGUCAAUAAGUCAGGGAAGUGAGUAUGUUUCAGCUAAGCCCAGAGAGGAGGUCGGCAUGGUGGCUCGAGGUGUUGAAGAGAAAACUGUGGAAAUUCAAAGUCGGCCAAACCUACUCCGAGCUUCAAGCAUGCCGGUCACCCUACAGCAACGGAAAGGCUCUGAUUCAAGCAGUCCGGACCGUACUUUGGGGACACCAGAGAAUGGCUCAACAGAAAACAUGUUCCGUGCUUCACCAGAUGUAACAGAAAGGCGAACUGUUCCCCAGGAAAGAACAGGGCUUCAUCAUCAGAUCACAGUGGCACUGAAGCGAGUCAGAGAACUGGAAGAGCAAGUUAAAACCAUCCCUGAACUAAAGGCACAGAUCAGCUCACUGAGGGAGGAAAGGGAACGGCUACUGCGACAGCUCCAAGCUCGGACUCAGGCACAGAUUUCCACAUCACCCUCUACAAAAGCUUCAAGUUCUGGUGCUGGGUCACAGCCACCAGGACACAGACCCUCUGAGGGGCUAAACUUAGCGCUGACAAAUCAACCCACUCGUGUGGCAGAGAAAAGCAGAGUGUUACAAGAAGAGAGGGAGAGUGCCUCUGCACAAGCUGAAAAAGAAAAAACAAGCGAGUCGUCCGCACAAGAAUCACAGAGACCAGCACAGCCGCCAGAAAAAUCACAGACAAUAGAGAGUCCACUACAGCAUGCCGUACAAAAGUUAUCACAGGACAUAGCGGGAGAGGAAUUGACAUCACUUACGGUGGCUGUUAAAGAUGCGGAGACAAGCAGUAUUCAAGAUGGUAACGCACAAAAUGUAAAAAAACCUGAAGAACCAGAGAGUCUGCAGGUAUUACAGGAGAAGUUAAUGAUCCUGGAGGAUAAACUUACUCAGGCCAGCCAAGAGCUGAACAAAACCAAUAGCCUGUUAAAAGUACAAAUAGAGGAGAACAAGGUAAAAGAGGACAAAAUACUACAACUGAGCGAAGGGGUGAGAGUGGAGAUUUGUACCCCAGAUGCACACAGCAGGUCACGAAGGGAGAGCAUCGACACAGGAACGGUGACAGAGAAAGUAGAUUUUGCCAACCAAGAGACUGAGACAGAAUCAGUUGCUACCAUUGAUCAGGGGACAGAUACAGAUAGAAUCUGUGUUGAAGUAUGUGUUCCCACAGCAAUCACUGAAAAUAUAGAUGAAGUAACUGAAACUAAGUUUGAAGCACAUGAGCAGGUGACAGGGACAGAGGCAGAGAUGGAAAUGGAGGCUGUGAGCCCACCAAGACCCCGAGCCAACAGCAUGGAACGGGGCAUGGUCACUGAGAGGAUUGCAACCCAGGAUCAGAUGACUGAGACGCCAGUGGCUGAAAGGGUAAACCAAGUCACAGAAACAGAGGGAGAGGCAGUGACUGACCAUCCACAGAGACCAAGAGCCAGCAGUGUAGACCGAGGGACAGAGACAGAGAGGGUGAACACUGUGGACAGGGUGACAGAGACAGAGGAAGCACAGAGGACUGACCAGCAGACAGAGACAGAGAUGGAAAGACGACAGGACAACAAUCCAGCUAGAGACGCAGAGGCAGAGAAUCAAGUGAGAGAAAGUACAAGCAGUGAAAGAGUAGAAGGUGGUGACCCUGUGGUUAUUGUAAGAAUAGAGGAUGUUGACAGUGUGGUCAGUGAAAGAGUGGAUGACAAGGAAGCAAAUGAAAAAAUUGAAAGGGAUAGUGAAACUGUGGUCAUGAAAGUUAUCACAGAGAGUACAGUUGUCGUUCUUAAAAGUGCAGCUGAACAAUCUGUGGCUUCAGACAGAGUGAGUCAGAACCAAGAGCGUACCAGUUCACUCGCUGCAACAGGAGAAGAUAAGGAGUCCAUGAGUAAAGCAAGUUUGGCACAGAAUGACUUAGAAACAAAAGAAAUGAUACCGCCAAAGAGUGUCGUGAAAGAAAUCGUUGAAACAAAGCAGAUUUCUGUGAAAAGUGUAGAGAAUAAACAAAGAGUAGAGGAAGAUGUUGUGGGUUCAAUGGUUAAAGAAGCCAAAAUCACAGAAACAGUUGUAAGCCCAGCAGAGAAUGCAACCGUAAAGACAGUGCCUCCUGUAAGACCUCAAAGAGGCCGUAAGCCCUCCUCAGAGCAGGCACAACCAUCAACUCCUCAACCUCAGGCUGCACCUGUGUGUCCACGUCGAGGAUCCAGUGAAGUCCAAGCCCAGCAGCCCCAGACAAAGCCCCAGCCUCAGGAGCAUGUACAGAGCUCACAGCCUGAGGCUCAAACCCCAACACAGCUCCUGGAAGAACAGGUAAAAGGUGAAACCCCAUCACUGUCUCAGGUUGCAGACAAGACCCUAGCAGAAACCCCUCCUGGGGAGUCUUGUGAGGAAAAAGCUCUACCACAACCUCAGGCUGAGACGCAGGGCCCAUCUCCCGGCUCCAAGGGAGUCCAAACCCGUCCCAAAUCAAUUCAAGCCCAAACAUCUGUAACUCGGCGUGGCUCAAAAGAGCUUAAAGGAACACAGAAAGGAUCAACUGUAUCCCAACCUCCUGGUCGUGGAGUAGGAGAAGCCCAAAGCCGCCCAACUCGUCAGGGGUCAAGUGAUGUGAAAGUUCAGUCCCAGGGCUCUCGUAGAAGUUUCACUGAGACUCAUUCCCUAAAAAAAGAUACCAGUGACGCACAAUCCCAGCGUAGAGGCUCCAGUGAAACAGCCCAGCGACGUAGUUCAACUGAAGCCCAGGCCACUCGUCGGGACACUGGUGAGGCCCAACCUCCUCGCAGAGGAUCCAGUGAGUCGCCAACCUCACCAGCAGCUUUGGGUCAAGUUGUGACCCGGAUAACUGGGCUUUUGGGGGAGCAGUGGGCACAGCUGGGGAGCAGCACUGGAGCUCAACAGACGCCCAGCCCGCAGGAGAUACCGAGCGCACAGAAGCAGACAGCGGUGAAAAGAGCGGAGGCAGGAAAAGGAGCAACAGCGAAGGCUACAGGGAAAGCAGCGCCUGCAGCAACAGCGGGGAAACCGGGCCCUUCCAAAAUGAGCUCAAUCCAGAGUCAACUGGUCAGCUCCCUCAGUGUCCUCUCUGCCUUCUACUCACCUGGCCAAAAAGCUGCUGCAAGCAAACAGCAAGAACAGGGUCUCAAAUCUAUUAUGAAGAAAAAUGGAGUGGCUGACAAGCAGGCGAACAAAGGAGCCAAGAAAAAUCUGAAGUUCGUUGGGGUGAAUGGAGGCUAUGAGUCGACGUCCAGCGAGGAGUCCAGUGGAGAUGAGAAGCCAAAGUUUGAGGUGGAGGAAGAAGACAGCUCAGAGCCAGAGGUGGAGAAGGAAAAGGAGGAGAAGGAGAAGGAGCCUCAGCCGGCAGAGAAGCCAGAGGAGGCGGCGGAGAUCCAGGAAAAAGAUGCCAAAGUCUCAGCCGAGGGAGAGGGUGCUGUGGCGGAAGUGAAGAAGGAAGUGGAAAGAGGUCUGAUGGAUCCGGAGAGCAGCCAGGAGGAACAGGCUGAACAGGAGAAAGUCGACAAAGGAUUCAUCGACGCUUGCAUCUAUGUGAAAGACCGCAUGGAAGAGGUUUCGUCCCCAGAUAAAGAAAUGCGUCAGGUUUUAGUGGUGCUCUACAAGGAGUGGUUCAAGGUCUCCAGUCAGAAGGACUCUCAGGCCGAUACUGUCACAUUAUACCUGCGGCAAGUGGGCAUGACCACGCCCACUCUCUUGCCAUAUGUCGUAAACUUGACAGACGGCAACGGGAACAUGGCCCUGCACUACAGUGUGUCACAUUCAAACUUCCCCGUGGUCAAACUGCUGCUGGACACUGGUCUGUGUGAAACGAAUAAUGUGAACAAGGCAGGUUAUACUCCAGUGAUGCUCGCUGCACUAACAGCUGCCGAGACCACCGAUGAUCUGGAGGUCGCACAGCAACUGCUGAAACUGGGGGACGUCAACGCACGCUCAAGACAGGCAGGCCAGACGGCUCUAAUGCUCGCAGUGAGCCACGGCCGCGUUGCCAUGGUGAAGCUGCUCCUGAGCUCCGGCGCGGAUGUAAAUGCCCAGGACCGUGAGGGAUCUACGGCUCUGAUGUGUGCAAGUGAACAUGGACACACACACAUUGCACGUCUGCUGCUGGAGACGGGUCGAUGUGACAUCGACCUCGUAGAUAAGAAUAAUCAGACGGCACUGUCGGUGGCAGAGAGAGCGUCCCACCAAGACAUAGUUGACCUUCUGAAGGCCCACGCAGAGACCGGAGCCUCCGAGCCUCAGUCCGGCACAGAUCUCCUCUGAGGCAGCUCGACCUGUGCCCUUCUUCCACUACUACUCUCCGGCCAUCUCAUUCCAAGAACCAACGCGGAGCAGAAACACGGGCACACAAGUGAUGACGCCGUUAAGGACACACACUCCUGCUUCCUGCUGCAGUGUGCACUCACAUUUUCUCUUCCACAUCUCUACCAACACAUGCCAUGAUGAUGUGAUGAUGGAUAUGCUGCAUCAACCACUCAGUGGACACACAACAAACGGAUCAGUCAGGUGCUCACACCAAUGAUAAGACAUUGUGGCCACAUUAAUAUAUGUGUAUAUAUAUACAGUAUAUAUAUAUGUUUUAUUUUUCUUUCUCACCCCCACUGUAUAUGGAAUACGUGGACGAAGAGAUUCUCUGCUGCUGAUAUAAAUCAUAAAACAAGCAUGUCCAGCAGGACACAAAGCACAUGAUCUACCUUUCUAUGUAUGUAUAUACAUAUAUAUAUAUACACAUAUAUAUAUAUAUAUAUAUAUAGUAAACACAACAUGAUUUCUAUUCUUUUUUCUUUUACGCCAUCGACGUUGUCCUCUCCAUAUUUGGACAUAAGCCAUCACAGAGAACAAAGCAUACACGUGUGUAGAAUGUCAUUGAGAUAAAAGAUGAUAAUGAUAAUAAUAAUAACAAUAAUAAUCAUAUACAAAAACACAGAAACUGUAUUUUCUACUGCACUUUUUUUUCUAUCGUGUUUGUGUACAGUGGAGUCCUUGCUAAUAGUGGUGUCCGGAAGAAACUAUAUCUCCAAAAGUAUAAAUGGCAAAGUAAACUUAUUAGAGUAGAGACCCCACCAGUCAGUGGUUAUAGUAUAUUGAUAGUUUUGUUAUUCAUGUGUGCCAUGGGUUAUUAUCACCAAUAUCUGUGAAGUUAUUGAAAAACAAAGGGUUUCGUGAGAGACAAUUAUGUUCCUGUUGGACACAAGAAAAACAGUCUAGUGUUCAGAUGGUGCUGCAUGCUGAUAUACACUCACUCCCCCUGCUGGUUGGUCUGAAGUACUGAACAACAGUAUGUUAUAAUACUGUCUAUCUCACGAUCGACAUCCUUCUCUUUCCCAGGUUUGGAUAGAAAUGAUAUGUCUUGUUCGCCUGCUCGAGUCAAAUCCAAUCAUGUAUGCAACUGCUACACAAUGCACAAUGAAUGUCAGGCUGGCUGUGACACAUUCCAAGAGAAAACUGUAGCAACUCUAACAGCACGUGCCUGGAUCAGACAGAGCGAUGGAUGGAGGCUGCGUGGCAGUAAAUACAUUGCUGUGACAUAGAAGUCUGAUUUGCCUGUUCACAAUCUAUGUCCACCGAGUCAACUUGUUUCUGCUUCCAAGCAUGCAUAAUUUAAAAAAAAGAAGAAAGUUAAAUGUCAACUCACAGAGCAAUUAGUGUUUUCUUUUUUUGUUUGUUUUUCUUUCCAGUCUAAGAAGCAAUAGAAGCACCUUAGAGUGAGUAGCUUCAGUUUAGCCUUAAUCAGAAGACAGUUCUACAUUAGUGGAGAUGCGUUCCAAGGACAGUGGCCUUUUUUCUCAUGUUUACCACAAACGUACACCCAUAUUUUAUAAAAAAAAAACAAAAAAAAAACAACAACAAGAAAACAACCUUUAAGCAGGAGUACUGGUGUUAUAAAAUGUUUACAAUUCAACACCCCCCCCUCCCUGCAACAUCCCGCCCCCUCAGUGGCCACUGCUGGUGUCCAAAAACUGCUCCAUUGUGAUAUUUUGAUGUCCAGUGUUUAACAACUGCCAUGUGUGUGGUCCACGACAAUCCAGUCUGCAAUUUUUACACCGCGGAAUCACGUGUCGGAUCUUUGAUUACAAUGACCUUGUGAUAACCUGCAUUAGUUUGUAACUGAUGAGCCAUGAUUUGAGUCCAAAUGUGUUUCACUCUUCGGUUCAGUCUUCGUAACAAUUCAUAUUGUGAUGCUGCUGUUGUGCAAGAUACUCAAGCCACUUUUAUUCUUAAUCGCGAUGGACCACAGAUCCGGCAACCAGUACUCUCAUCCCUGGACACUUUCUAAAUAUGGGUGUUAAUAAGAAACAAUGUAAACUGAACAGAAGAGAUAUACAAAUAUCUUAAUUACAUAAACGUUGCUGUAUUUAUGCUGCAUCAGUGAGACUCUUUGGAACAGGACGUGAUUUUCGGCUCACAGAUUAGCACAGAUUAGCACGUGUUCUCUCGACACAGGGUCAGCAAAUCGGAAUUUUAGAUGUGAUUAGUGAUUAUUACGGGACAGGGAAUGGAGUCUGUGUAGCUUCCUGAAACGCUGAAAACCUGACGGAUGAUCGAUCUCUGCUGCAACAGGUGUGUCUGGUGUAUCUGGUCUUCCAUGCCUGUGUAUUAAGUCUCAGAGUGAAUCACACCCAUGUGUUUAAUCCAGUGUGACCCAGAUGUAAUAAGGUUGCAUCACUGGUUGAACUCCAAAGACCUGAAAUCCAAUCUGUUUCACAUGGGAUUAAAUAUAUAUAUAUAUAUAUAUAUAUAUAUAUAUAUAAUCUGUUCCUGUAACCCAGCCAAAUACAUGUACAUAUAGUAUUGUGAAGAGUAUAUAACAAGUAUUGUCUGACAGUUUGCUCUACAAAUGAUAUUAAAUAUUUAUUCCAAAAGCUCUAUUUUUACCAUAUAUAUAUAUAUAUAUAGUAUACUUAUGUAUGCAUGGACCAAUAUUCUCGUGAUUCUGUCGGCGGGGAAUGUGAAUGACAAGAAAUUAUACAAAGUGUUCCCUGAUUAUGUGAUUUUUGGUUGGCUGAUGGGAGUAAAUGUGAUUUAACAAGGUCGUGGACUGUGCCCCCUUUGUCGUGCGGGGAAGAAUAUCAAGCAGGUCGGACAAUUGUUGUUUAAGUUGUAAGGACAAUGUCUCUCUUAUUUAAAUAGUCCAUCUAAAUCUGAGUCUAUGUACAUGACAGAGUCAAAUGUAAAGACAUGUACCUCACUGUAAUAUCCCCUGUAUAACAGGCUUGUAUGUUACAAACCAGAGAACUACUUCUAAAUAAAUAAAUAUUAAGAUUUAAAA